UUUUAUCAAUCUUUCAGUGUAUUACAAAUUAUUAAUAUUAUGAAUAAAUAUUCGGUAUAUAAUAGUAUAUAAUGAAAAAAUUAAUAUUAUGAGCAGUAGAUAAACAAAGUGAGUUCUACGCGAUAGUUCUCAAGGCUGACGCUAGAGGCGCCACUGGCGCUGCAGUCGGUGAAUGGCGCGCGUUUUUGAAAUUAGUUCGCGAGGCCGCCACUAGCGCUGCAGUCGGUUAUGGCGCGUAUAUUUGAAAUUGUUAAAUUUCUACCUGACCCUUUUUACACCUUUCACUUGUGGUGGGGCUGUGAUCACCACCCACCAAGAGGUGGUGGGGUCUUUCGUGAAUGGUGGGAGAGUGGACGGUGCUAUGAAAAGGCAGCGAGAUCCGCGAAGCGAAUCACUUCGCAGAUGAUAGCAGAGCACCAUGCAGAACUCAGCAGCAGAGAUGGAAAGCAGCCCGGCAACAACGAUUCUCCUGACUUCGGAUGAUGACGAUAUUUGGAGUCCAUCUCGCAGCGCUCUGUACCGGGAUGAGGAACUUUUGAAUUGGGAAGACUCUGACGAUGCUGUUGAUGAUGUUCCGGAGCAGUCGAGAGCUGUUGAUGAUGUUCCAGGCUACUUGAGUGUUGUCUGGGUCCAUGAUUCGUCUACACAGACGGAUCAACAAGACGAUGAAGCUGAAAAUCUUCGAGCAAUGAGUAUGUCACCAGUCCGUCCAAUUACUCCGGAAGCAGCUAUUUCUCCAAUUCGAGUUCCUACUUCUGGAUUUGAUGAGGAUAAGGAGAAUAUAUCAGAGGAGUGUACCAAAUGUUUUUGCAGGCGUAGGCGCAGGGACCGUAGGCAUCAUCGUCGUUGCCAUUACUGUAGGCAUCAUGUUCGAGAUAAUCAUCAUCGUCGUCGUCAGAGUCAUGAUCAUCGUCGCAAUCAUCAUCGUCGCGAUCGUAAUCAUCAUCAUCAUCAUCAUCAUCAUCGUCGAUCCCAUCAAAAUUUACGAAUUUAA